UCUCUAAGGUCACCCUACAUUACCCCACCUCCCACUAUAAUCUGCUUCCUGUGUUGGCCAUGCCUGGGUGGAGCUGCCUGGUGACUGGAGCAGGAGGGUUUCUGGGCCAGAGAAUCAUCCACAUGUUGGUGCAGGAGAAAGACCUGGAGGAGAUCAGGGUCCUGGACAAGGUCUUCAGACCAGAAACCAGGAAAGAAUUCUUCAACCUCAAGACAAACACAAAGGUGUCAGUGUUGGAGGGAGACAUUCUGGAUGCCCAGUACCUGAAGAGAGCCUGCCAGGGCAUCUCUGUGGUCAUCCACACCGCUGCUGUCAUUGAUGUCUCAGGGGUCAUUCCCAGACAGACCAUGCUAGAUGUCAAUCUGAAAGGUACCAAGAACCUAUUGGAAGCCUGUGUCCAAGCUAGUGUGCCAGUCUUCAUCUUCACCAGCUCAGUUGAGGUGGCAGGGCCCAACUCCUACAAGCAGAUCAUCUUGGAUGGCCAUGAAGAAGACAGUCUAGAAAGUAUAUUGUCUGAUCCAUACCCAUACAGCAAAAAGAUGGCUGAGAAGGCAGUGCUGGCAGCCAAUGGGUGUACCCUGAGAAAUGGUGGCACUUUACAUACUUGUGCCUUAAGGCCCAUGUACAUUAAUGGGGAAAAAAGCUCAUUCCUUUAUGACACAGUAACUUGUGCUCUGAAAAAUAAGGGUGUUUUGGAUACUACUGGCAAAUUCUCUAGAGCCAACCCUACAAGAAAGCCCAUCAUGAUCUCGGCUAUGAGCCCUGUGUCACCUGGGAGGAAGCCAAGCAGAAUACCGCAGAGUGGAUCGGGACAGCACAAAGAGACAAUGAACUCAAAGACUCGGUGAUGUAAAGAUGGCAGGGACAUGGCCCUGGGUGUUAUCAGAAAUCAUCCUCAGGUCCUCAGAAAGGAUACAGUCACAAUCCAGGUCCUAUUGCCACCCUUUGACAUAGAAGCCAACUUAAUGUCUUCCUAAAGUACCCAGAAUCCUUGCCAAGCACUGACCCAGCCACAAGCUUUCUUCCCCAAACACCUGCCCAGAGACACACAGGCCAUUGUGCCUCAGCUCCUGGUUCCUAACUACUAGGCGCUUCUUGUUGCUCAAGAGUUCUCUCCAUGGGCGUCAUCUCCCCAGUAACAGCAUUUCUCAUCUUUUGAAAAUUCUGCUUUGGUUUAUGAAGUUGAGUGAAAGAAACAAUAAACAUGUGUUA